AUGUCGGAUCGCACCCAUUCGUCUUUUCCAACCGGUCCUCCUUCACCCUCUUCACCCGCCGCCGGGUCUCUCAAAGAGAAUCGCCAGCUCCCCAUCUCCUCGGAACACAUUCCUCAGACCCCGACUUCGCCUCCGUUGAUGUCUGUCAGCGAUCAAAGUCAUGUCUCAAAUUUUGCAUCCACCCAGGCAUCACCCAACCAGGCGAUUAUCCACCCAAACACCUCCUCCCCUCCCUCGUCUACCCCGAUGUCUACCCAGGUCUCUCAGCAGCCGACAAUGAGUACGACAAACUCAUUCCCUACCCCCGCAAGCAGUGUGAGUGGUCAUCUCGCGAAUGCGACGUCAGCGGAAGACGCAGAUCACAAAUCUUUCAGCCCCGGAAUGCAGGACUCAAGGAACAUGGAGGGACAGCAGGUUACAGAGCGCACACGAACCGAUCACGAUCGGCAGUCCAUGACAACCGGUCCUGAAGCUGGCGUGCGCGAUUUCGCCACCGGUCCCGGUCAGCAAGCGACAGAUACAGAUGCCAUGGAUGUGGAUAAAGAAUCCGCACCCCGGUUCGACGCCCGUAACCUCGGGUUAGACUCACUUCAGAAUGACUUCACUUCGGCUUUCCAUCUCUGCAAAAGCUCACCCAGUGUGACUGGACCGGAUCCUUCGUUGGAUCUUAUUUCCCUUUAUGGGCUCAGCUCGGUUGCGCACUCGGUGGCAAGAAUGGACCAUGUGACAGGAGAGAAGAUCAAUCGGCUAAGAAAGUCCUACGAGGGCAAAUUGAAAGGAUUGGGAUUGGCAGGCCGGAACAAGCCCGUGAAACAGGAGCCUGGCGCGCCUGGUAGUUUACGGCAUCUCACAUUGUGGCCACAGGAAGAAUGGGACAACCAGAAGGUGUUUGGCAAGCAGAUCAAGGUGGCAGAACUGGACUCGGCGCUUCACAGUCUUCAGACUAAGGCCAUGCAACUGGAACCGGGCCCGGUGCCUAACAAUGACUUUUGGGAGGAUGUGCUAGGCCACGAAAAGCCCGUCAAGAACCAGGGCUCCGGUGAUACGGGCAAGAAGGCUGCACCUACUCCUGGGGGACGUCACACCCCUCAUGGGAACAUGUCCGCUACGACGCCGCACGAAACUGAACGAGCCCGGCCUAGCCGCGGCCGUAAGAGACACUACGAUGACAAUAGCUUUGUCGGAUAUGGCGAAGGCUUUGCAGAUGACGAUGAUGACCCUGGAUUCUACUCCAACGGCGAGGGAACCGGGAAAAAGAAACGGAAGAAGGAUCACGUUUCCAAAGUUUCCACCCCCAUGUCCGAACGCGGCGGAAGCUACGGGGUUGGCAUGUUUGGGAUCGGCGCCAGAUGA